UGUCGGGUAGAUCUGCAACCGGAGAGCGGAAUUUGCCGAGCAUCGGUGAAGCGAACACAGUAGACGUACGGAGGGAAGGCUAGACCAGUGCUGCAUUGGUGCGACUACGUUCAGUCGAGUGGAAGGCGCUGAAUGAUACAGCUCGAAAGAUUACCUACAUCCAUUAUGGCCCGACUGCUACUUUGCCUUGCAUCGCUGGUAAUCUUUGCCGCAGUUCACACAUCGACAGUAGGUGAUUCCAACAGGUUUCUUGACAUCAUUCUGGAAGACAAGCUCCCACGACAAAUCAGAGACCUGAAGAAUGUCUACCCUUUCGUUAAAGUCCCCGAAUUCAAGUUCAAGAUAAAAAGCACUGGAAUCACGAACAGAGAACUCAAGGUAAAGGUGAAGUACGGAGCUUUGAACGGCUUCGACACCGGUGUUCGCCGAAUCGGAGAGUGUCACCCACCGGUUCUCAUCAAGGGCAACGUCACCGUUUCCUGCUUGCUGGAACUCAAAGGAAUCAAUGCCUCUUUAAUAACUGAGGUCAAGGGAGAGACAUUUGCGCGCAAGGAAAAAACUGUGCCCGUCAACGUGACAGUUGUAGACACCGUGGCCAACUUCGAGGCCACAGCGUAUCCGGGCCAUCCGGGCACGCUGCGCACUUUUCACAUAGAACAGAUACGGUUCCACACGGUCUACGACCGACGCCUGAGUCUGAACUCCGAGCGGCAGCGCGGCUUCAACACCGAGAUUGAACGGGGCCUACGAAACAUUUUGUAUGACUUGCUCUACACCGAUUACAAGAAGGCCCUGGAAAAGGCUGUCGAGUCCAUGCCUUUUCCCAGGACCUGAGCAGAUAUAGUAACUUGAAUAUGCUGAAGACUUGUGCGGUUAUGUUAACGCGAGUUGUGAGCUCAUAACGUGGUUUCAAUCAUCAAACUCUCUUAUAUGUCAAUGGGUGACGCAAAAAAAAAAGAAUCGUCUGAAAAACAGAAGGGGAA